UCGCAACGUCAUAGGCAAGGGCCGCCAUUUUGACUGAGCAAUCCUAGUGACAGGAGCUGAAGAAGCAGCGCUGGUUGUCCCGUUUCCCCUCCCCCUUCCCUUCUCCGGCUGACCUCCCGGGCCCCCCACACUCCACAGUCCCGGUCCCACCAUGUCCCAGAAACAAGAAGAGGAGAACCCUACGGAAGAGACCGGCGAGGAGAAGCAGGACACCCAAGAGAAAGAAGGUAUUCUCCCUGAGAGAGCUGAGGAGGCAAAGCUAAAAGCCAAAUAUCCAAGCCUAGGACAAAAGCCUGGAGGCUCCGACUUCCUCAUGAAGAGACUCCAGAAAGGGCAAAAGUACUUUGACUCAGGAGACUACAACAUGGCCAAAGCCAAGAUGAAGAAUAAGCAGCUGCCCAGUGCAGGACCAGACAAGAACCUGGUGACCGGUGACCACAUCCCCACCCCACAGGAUCUGCCCCAGAGAAAGUCCUCGCUCGUCACCAGCAAGCUUGCGGGUGGCCAAGUCGAAUGAUGCUGCCCGGGGCUCCACCAGAUCCUGAGCCGCUGCCCCCUGGGUCCUGUGCUGGCUCCUGCCCCUCCCUGCUUUUGCAGCCAGGGUCAGGAGGUGGCUCGGGUGCGGGCUGGAGAGGCAGAGGCCCCUGCCCGUCGGUGUCCCAGCGCAUGGAGCCCCUUGGGCCGAGCACCAAGACCUUGACUCUUUUUUGUUUUUCCUUUUUUUUUCCAAGUAAUUGUUGGGAGACAUCUCAGUGAAAUCCUGGGGGUGGGGUGGGGUGGGGGGUUGAGAGGGUGGAGUGGGAGAUGUGAGGGGUUAUGAAUUAGGACUUAGAGCUGAUAACAAAAACAUUCCUAACUAUCUUCCUCCUUGGCCUUGUGGCUGGGGUGGAGUGGGGGUGGGGUGGGGGAGUGAAGCGGACUAAAGGUGAGGGGUUCUAAUUGAGCUGUGUAGAAGAGUGCCUUGCUAGCUUGUUUAUGACUGGGGACCUGAUGUCAGAUAAAAGAAACCGUCUAAAUAUGAAAGAUGCAGAUGACUCCUCUGGUUCUGCAGAACAGGCUAAGAACUGAAUGUUUAUUGUUGGGGUGGGGAAAAAGUGCUGUCCUUGAAGUAGAUUUGCUGUGGGAAGAAGGGCAGUGAGUGUGGGAGAAAGGAUGAGCGUGGGGAGCACCGCAGAGCCCAGGGGCCUUUUUCAGUAUUUGAAAUAAAAAACAAACAAGAAGAUCCACAGAAAAAAAAAAACAAACCAACCCAGAAAUUCUCUGCAGCCGUUGGUGUGUUUUAUUGGGGUUUGGCGAAAGGGAAGAAAAUAAGACUGAAGACAGCAUUCAGGAGAAGCUGGUGUGGGGUUCUGAGCCCCUGAGGAACAGGGGCCCUUCAGAUGGGGUGUGUCUGGGUUCCCCGUUUCCAUCAUUUAGGGAGAGGGUGCAGGGACGUUGGCAUAUAGACCAGGACUUAUAUAGCUAAUGCAAAGAUGACUCUUCCUCAGGUUCUGACUCACAAAAUGAGGGGUUUGCGGUGUUUGAUCUGAAGGGUUUAUUGACACCUGAAGAUUACUCCAGGCUAAGCAUGAAAGGAAGCCAGUCUGUUUUCCCUUUCAGUCUUGCUUUCCUUCUCAAGUUCCUGUGUCUCUGGAGAAUUGUAACCACUAAUGAUCAGCCUUUCUGCUAGCAGCCAGCAGGAGGCAGAGUCACUUCUUUCCUCAUGAUGUGUUAACCAUUGCUGGAAUCCUGCCACUGCAAGGGGUUUAAAACUAUCUGUGAGUGUAAUAUACAAAAGAAGUGUUGCCAAAGGA